GUUAUUUAUUCCCAUCACUCAUUUUUCACCAAUUAGCAUCCUGUGACAAAGCGACGGUAUCUGCAUAAGAAUCCAACUUAACGCAACUAUUGCCUGUGUUUUUUUAUUGUGCAACCAAAUUUACUGUUAAUUUUGUAAACUUAUUGUUAUAUCGUGUAUCUAAUAAAGAAUAAUAUAAUUACAAAUACAAACUCAAGUUUCUUAGAAACACCCCCUCCCAUCAUAACAAAGAACCUAUCAGUAAUAAUCCACAUCAUAAUUAAGCGGAACGAUAUGUUCUGUUUCCAAAUCUAAUACGUUACCUUUCUUAGAUAAUACAUUAUACAUUUAUCCUAAUUUAACCUAGAAUAAAUAACAGAUAUAUGUAAUAUAACGUUAUAUAGAUAGUGAAAAAAAAAUACGAUGUUAUAUCCUUGUGACAUACAUCCUAACCUAUAUCUUUUCCUAACCUAAUCCUCUACAUCGACGAUUCGCUAUUCCUUUUACGAGACAGAGUGAUGUUUUUACCAAACUUUCGUUUUAUACAAAAACACAUCAAAUACACGUAAUUAUCGAUCUUAAAACUGAUAAAGGUUCCUGUUUUUUCCAUGAACCGUAACCACCUCUUUCGUACAUACGAAAAAAUUUAUAAUUACGCGUUCAUUCGCGUUGCGAACUAUGGAUAUGGAUAUAUUAAGAGCGAUAUUAAAGAGUUCCGAUGAUGCACGAGAUACGAUUCUAUCCGAGAAUUAUGAUAAUAUAUCGCCAGAAAGUUUAUUUUGCUUAGAAUCUGAUACGAUACUGAAUGCUUUAUGUACAUCGUUCCACGAUCUUUUAUAUUACAAAGUAUCCAAGGAAGCUUAUCAACGUUAUUCCAUUCGAAUUCUAAUAAUUGAUAUCUUACGGAAUUGGUGUGGAAUGACAAAUAAUUUUAAAAAUUUGCGAAUAUUCGCGUCUAAAGAAAAUUGUACAAAAUUUAUAGAAAUUCUUUUAAAGAAAUAUCUUACCGAUGAUGUUUUGAACGAGUGCCCUUCGACGGAUGUUUUGAUAUAUUUAAUUACUGCGAUAAUACAUCUGUCGACCAUGAAUACAGUUUUCGUCUGUCAUGUAGAUCGAUUACUUGCGAGAUUAUCAGAAUUAGAAGCGUGUAAUAAAACUGAAACUUUAUCAUGUAACGUUUUACAUUCCACUUUACAUCUUAAAUUGUCCACGAAAGAAAAGAUAUAUACUUUACAAAAAUUUAAACUAAUAGAAAAACCUUUGCUCGACAGUUUUGUACACAUGUUUUCUGAUAUAAAGGAACAAAAUUAUGUGAAUAACCAAAGCAAUGAGAAAUUAGUGAAUGAAUUAUUAGAACUUACCAUCGAGUCUGCGUAUAUUUUUCAAAUAACGUUUAAUUUUUUAAAAGAACUAUUGAUUCGACUACGAUAUGCAUCUGUAGUUCUAGAUUUCAUACAUUUCGUGCUAAAACGAGUAUCUGUUUGUUGUAAAAAUCGUAAUAGAGAUAUAUUGGAUCUUUACCCUAGAAAAUUGCGUCCUUGUAUAAUUUUAUUGAGAAUAAGACCGGAACAUCAUACUAUACAGACACGAGAAUAUACAUUGCGGAUUAUGAAACGGGUCUACGAUGAAAACAAAGAUGUUUCGUUGAUCUUGAUGUCUCACUUUUUUGAGUGGUUGGAAUAUUUUGCAAAGUUUAUAGUUAGUAAUAAGCAAAAUUACAAGGAAAUUGUUAAGAAAGGGUAACAUGAUAAUAAUUAUUUUUAUGUAAUAUUAAUUAUUUUACGAUUGAUUGUGAAAACGUUCCUACAUAUCUUAUCAUUUUUUAUAUAUUUUAAAUAAAUCUUACUAGAGAAUAACGACAAAAUA